GGCGAGAUAACACACAGUACGUGCUAGAUGAUACUGACUGAGUGCAUGUUUGUGAACUUAAUCGAUUGUCCUCCCCUCCACCCGAGAGGGCUCAGUGUGGACAGUUGAUACCCCGUGUGCAGCGUUACCCCUUGUGUACUAAGUCUUAUCAAAAAAGUGUCACUGCGCAUGUCUGAGUCUGCUUGUACUUGUCACAAGGGAUUUUACAUUUUCCUUACUGCUGCCGCUCCAGACUAGUUGUGGUUACACUUGCUUGAAAAAGCCUGAUCGACAAUACGAUAAUCAGAACCAUCGUUUCAUUGGCAUCGUUUUCAAUUAUUAAUUGUCACAAGUUUACCAUAUAUAAGGACAGGCAGGGGGUUUCAAUUACUACAUCCAAAUGGCGGCUGGACGACAUUACAAGCGGGGCUCCGAUUUGCGUUUGUCCUGCAGUCUGUGCAUGGAGUCCUAUCGUGGUCGCACCCCCAAGCUGCUGCCAUGUUUUCACACCUUCUGUCUGCCGUGUCUCGAGAACAUCGUCGUCACCGCAACGUCCAAGAAAUCGGCUUCACACGCAGACGACAGUCCAGUCAAAGACAAGAAGAAAACGUGUGAAGAGAACAAGCAGACCAUAGAAGUUACUGAGAAGGAAACAAAUCCUGGACAAAAGAAAGAAGACAAAAAUGAUGAUAGUACCGAGGAGGAAGAAGACAAGGAAGUGAUAUUUCAGUGUCCUACAUGCCGUGUCUCUAUACCUGUCCCCGCAGGUGGAGUGAGUCAGUUUCAGACCAAUUUCUACGUGGACUGUGAAGAUGAACCUGAAGCCAGUCUAGACCUACCUGUGGAGUGUGACACGUGUGAGGACGGCAGCCGCGAGACAGCGACACACGAGUGCGGAGACUGUCGUCACAAGAUGUGCUCCCGAUGCAGUCGUCUGCACGUGAUCCAUGCGCAAGGUCAUCACGUGCGACCUCUCGAGGCCGGAGCUGCUGGCAAGGCCACCUCCAGAGUUGUAAAGACAAGAGAGUGCCCGAGUCACGCUGGCCAAUCGCUGUGCUUCCACUGUCGUCAGUGUGACGUCAGCGUCUGCCUGCACUGUAAGCUGACGUCACACGAAGGUCACACUACGGAAGAUUUUAUGGCGGCUGUCACACGAGCCAAAGGAGAGGUAAACAGACUUAUGGUGACUGCAAACCAGCAGAUCCAAGUGCUGGAGGCUGUACUGGGUCGUCUGGAGCGUGACACGCUAGAGUUAUCCCGCCAGAAGCAGGAAAUGUUGUCAAACGUGACGUCACGAUACGAAGCAUUGAUGACGUGGGCGACCCGAGCACGUGACGAGGCGCUGGAGGAGAUGGAGUGCGUGCAGCGUGCAGCACUGAAGGAGAUGGAGGCCGAGCGGAUUGUGGCGCGUGACACCAAACAGCUGCUGUCUCGCCUCGUGACGCGUGCGGCCUCUUCCUGUCACACCGACGCCGACGCCGACAUCGUGCUGCACAAAUCGGAGCUGCAGGCGGCGCUGCUGGACGACGACGCUCUCACCCGAUACCGUCAACGGGGGAACAAGGAGGGUCACGUGACCUUCUUUAGGUGCAGGUCAGAUGACAAAGCCGUGCAGCUAGACCAGGUGAGAGACUUCGUGGGCAGACAGGAAGGACAGGACCAGGACAAGCAGGACAAGAUGGUGAUGAUGUCAAUGAGAGAACUCUCAGAAAAAGCCGUGUCGAUGACCAAGUCAAUGGAGGAUUUGGAAUGAACAUGACUAGAAUGAUAGAGAAUGCGAUAAGGUCGGUGUCAUUCAGAGUACGGCGAAGUUCGAACCUGACUGUGACGACAGGAAAUACUGUGAUAUUCGAUAUGGUCGACUACAACGAAGGUGGAGGCUAUGACACAGCCACUGGUGUCUUCACGGC